UAUACAGAUAAUCCUUACACAAAAAAUUAUAGAAUUAAUCAAACAUUUGCCAUUAAUAUUUGUUGUCUGUUUGCUCAUUUUCUGUAUCUAAUCACAAGCCUACAUACCUGAAAUAUGCAUACAAAAUACAUACAUUAUUAUCAUACUAUCAUAUAUGAAGAUUGAUUUUCCGGCGGAAAGAGGCACAAUGCCAGAAAUCUAGCAACAAUGUUCUAUAAUUGUUGCAAAAACCAGAAGUGAAAGUGUUUAAUGUUCAUUUGCAUUCGAGAGCGCCGUGUUUGGCUCCUCAAUCACCAUUUUCUUCGAUCUGUUUACUCGUGUUACUUUUAGUACAUGGUUGCUUAGCGGCAGAUUGUAUGUAAAUGGCUGAUUCGACUCCCGUAGACGAUAUUCUGGAGUUCCUGAGGAGGAACAACUUUACAAAUGCAGAGGCUGCUUUGAAAUGUGAAUUGGGUAGCAGGCCCGACUUGAAUGGGGUAAUGGACAAGCUUAAGCUUGAUAGUAAGGAGUCGAGUGGUAGUAGGCUGAGGGAAGAAGUUAAUGGAGCGAAAUUAUUGGGAGAAGAUCAACAAAUGAGGGAUAGCGGGCGAGCUCUUAGUGAGUCAAGUAGUGCUGAGGCUUCUAAGGAGCUUAUUGUCAAAGAGGUAGAGUGUGAAGCUGGGAGAUAUGAGUCGGAGCGGAAGUGGAAAAGCUGUGGCACUAUUGGGGAGCAGAGCAUGGUCAAUGCGAGUGUGGGAACAAGUGAUAAAAGCUUCACCGUCUCUAAGACUUCAGAUACUGUUCUUGAUUUGUAUCCAUGGAAAUACAGUACGAGCAAUGGGCCUGUGACUUCUAAUGAGCAUGAUGACGGCAGUGCUGGUCCCAACGACUUUUUGGGUUUUGAGGUUUCUAGAAAGGCGUUGUUUUCAGCUGAGGACCUUGAUCAUGGUAAGGAUUCUUCAAAAUAUGGGGAAGAUGUUAGUUUUCCUUGUGAAAGGAGAAUGUCUUGGCCAGUUGGUACUAGCAAGGCUGGUGAUGAACCAAAGAAUGAGAAGAACGAGCUUAAGGAAGUCGGUCCACGGAGAAAGAUAAGUGGUGCGUCUUCUAAAGAUGAGCUUGCUGAUUCCAUAAGUAAUGCAUCUGUACGCCCGUCUUUAGAUCUCUGGAAAGACUGCUCACUAAAAAAUGUUUUUCCCCCCUUCUCGGGGGAAGACACUUCGACCAGUCAUGGGAGUGCUUCUUCCAAUACUAAUAAAACACAGGGCAAAAAGAAAAGAGAUCCCUAUGAUAUUAGGGUAAGUGUAAAAGAGCAAGUGGAUGAGGUGGGAAGAGCUCUAUACUUGCAGAAGGCUCAUGGAGUUGAGCCAAAGGUUUUUGGUGAUUUAGAUUUUCCUCUUGCAACGGAGAAUCAAAAGGAAGAGUUACCAAGGUUGCCACCUGUUAGGCUUAAGUCUGAAGACAAGUCUUUCAAUACUCACUGGGAGGAAAAGUAUGAACGCGACGGACUUGGUCCAAAGGUUUUGGAUACUGACGAUACAUAUCUCAUUGGGGCAUUUUUGGAUGUACCUAUUGGUCGAGAUAUUAAUAAUUCAGGAAAAAGGUCGACAGGAGGCAGUUGGCUCUCUGUGAGUCAGGGUAUUGCUGAGGGUACCACUGAUCUUGUUUCUGGUUUUGCAACUAUAGGUGAUGGAUUGAGUGAAUCCAUUGACUACCCUAAUGAGUACUGGGAUUCUGAUGAAUAUGAAGAUGAUGAUGAUGUUGGUUAUAUGAGACAACCUAUCGAAGAUGAAACCUGGUUUCUGGCGCAUGAAGUCGACUACCCUAGUGACAAUGAGAAGGGGACUGGGCAUGGGAGCAUCCAAGACCCACUAGAAACGGAACAGAACAAAGAUGAUGAAGAUGAACAGUCGUUUGCCGAUGAGGAUUCUUACCUUUCCAGGGAACAAUAUUUCCAGUCAAAAAACGUUGAUUCAGUUGUAUCUUCAGAGAACCCUGUAGGCGUAUCUGGCUCAAAAGUUUACAGGAGAAAUCAAAAUAAGGUGACCAGCCAAUAUGAUGGACAGUUGAUGGAUGAAGAGGAGCUGAAUUUGAUGCGUGCAGAGCCUGUCUGGAAGGGCUUGGUCUCUCAGCCCAAUGACCUCUUAGGGAACGGGAAGGUGAUGAGGGACCGUGGGAGACUGCUUCCUGAUGAUAUCUGCAUGGAUGAUGAUCCACAUGGUUCAGUUAGAUCUAUUGGUGUUGGAAUCAACAGUGAUGCUGCUGAUAUAGGCAGUGAGGUAAGAGAAAGUUUAAUUGGAGGUAGUAGUGAAGGGGACUUAGAGUAUGACGAAGCUAGUGCUAGUGGUGCAGGAUACCCACAGCAUGAGUUAGAUAGUAAUACUUGUGAGGGAUCCAAGUACAACAAAAAUAGAAUAAGGAGACAUAAUUCUGAUAAUUAUACGUUGAAUCACGAUAGAGGUGCAUAUACACAGGCCAAGAAUUACAAGGAUGGGGGUUUCUUAUUUCCUCCUCCUAGAGAUAGGCAGUUGGCCCAAACAAGCCCAAACAAGUCUUUGUGGUCAAACAAGGCCAACACCAUCGUCAGUGAUGGAGCCAGUGAUUUGGUAUUGGCUAAUGAUGACAUGAUUGCAUCAUGGAGGCGCAAAAGCAACGACUCAUCACCGGUGGGUAGUUCAAGGGACGAAAAAUAUGCCAAUGCUGGGGAAUCGGCAAAUUCCAGUCCAUCGUCUUUUUCAAAUUAUGGCUAUAUCGAGAGGGAAUGUGCAAAGAAAGAAGCGGAUCUAAAAGCAGCAGGUGAAAGAGCAGAAGAUCCCGGGGCAUCAAUAGAAGACGAAGAAGCUGCUGCUGUACAAGAGCAAGUGAAACAGAUCAAAGCCCAAGAGGAUGAAUUUGAAACCUUCAACUUGAAGAUUGUCCACAGGAAAAACAGGACUGGUUUUGAAGAGGACAAAAAUUUCCAUGUCGUUCUGAAUUCAGUCAUUGCUGGUCGCUAUCAUGUCACCGAGUAUCUUGGAUCAGCUGCAUUCAGCAAAGCUGUUCAGGCCCAUGAUCUGCACUCUGGCAUGGAUGUUUGUGUGAAGAUAAUAAAGAACAAUAAAGAUUUUUUCGAUCAGAGCCUUGAUGAAAUAAAGCUGCUCAAGUAUGUGAACAAACAUGAUCCUGGCGACAAGUACCAUCUUCUCCGGUUGUACGAUUAUUUCUAUUAUCGGGAGCAUUUGUUGAUUGUUUGUGAAUUGCUCAAAGCAAACUUGUACGAGUUCCAUAAAUAUAAUAGAGAAUCUGGUGGAGAAGUCUACUUUACGAUGCCAAGACUUCAGUCUAUCACUAUUCAGGUCCUGGAAGCACUUCAAUUUUUACACAGUCUCGGCCUCAUACAUUGUGACCUCAAGCCCGAGAAUAUAUUGGUGAAAAGUUACAGUAGGUGUGAGGUGAAGGUCAUUGAUCUAGGAAGUAGUUGCUUUGAAACGGAUCAUCUCUGUUCUUAUGUUCAAUCUAGGUCAUACCGUGCACCUGAGGUUAUUUUGGGACUUCCAUAUGACAAAAAGAUCGAUAUAUGGUCACUUGGUUGCAUCUUGGCUGAACUUUGCACGGGCAAUGUGCUCUUUCAAAAUGAUUCUCCUGCCACUUUACUUGCUCGAGUAAUUGGAAUCAUAGGCCCAAUUGAGCAAGGGAUGCUUGCUAAAGGACGAGAUUCGUACAAAUAUUUCACCAAAAAUCACAUGCUUUAUGAAAGAAAUCAGGAGACGAACAGGCUCGAAUAUCUGAUACCCAAGAAGUCAUCUUUGAGACAUCGCUUACCAAUGGGGGACCAAGGCUUCAUCGACUUUGUUUCUCAUCUGCUAGAAGCCAACCCAACGAAGCGGCCUUCUGCAGCUGAGGCCUUAAAAGAUCCAUGGUUACAAUAUCCAUAUGAACCGAUAUCAUCGUGAAGAAUACACUACUUGAUAAACCAUUGAUUCUGAAGGUUUCUGGUGGCACAUGCACGAGCUCGACCAUGGAAUCACUAGAACAGUGCCAACCAGACUCUUGACUCGCCCUCCGACUAGAUUGUGAUUCCCACGUCGCUGCCUAACUGGAAGGACAAACGGAUCUUCCCGUACCUAUGGUGAAGCUGUAUUUAGGUCCACAGCGACUUUGCGUUUAUGCAUCAGUAGGGUUUUCUUUAUUUUUCGCGUUUUCGUUAAGCUAGUGGGGGUGGAGAGGAAGUUUUUUCAGUCUUGUACAUGAUGUGUGUGAUAAUUUUUUUUCUAGGUUGUCUGAGUUCUAACAGCUUGUGAAAAUGGCUGCUUAUUCCAAUUUUGAUUGUCUUGUAUAAGUUGUAUUUUUCAAAAACCAAAUCUGAUGAUAGAACGAUCGAUGUUUUAGUGAAUUUGUUCGAUCUGAUUAAUGUAUCUUUACUAUGAAAA